UAUCAAAUUGUUUAUAGCUUGACAUUUCUAAGCCUUGCCAACUCAGCUGUGUUUUGUUUUGAUCACAAGUACUUUGAAAGAUCUGGGCGUGUUCGCUGCAGUGAGGAUGCCAAGUGGAGUGUUGGGCGACGCCAGCUCGGAGUAGAGGCCCUGCGGCAGCCUCCACCGCCUGCCCCGCCUGGAAAAGUUGGCUACAAAGGGCAGCCUGGUUUGUUUCCCCAAAAAUCAUCACAUAAAAAAAGAAGAAGAGAACCACAAUCUUAAGUUGUAAAUUAAAAUCAAGCAGAUUGAGGUUCAUACAUCAUCACUGAUCAUCAACCAUGACUACCUCAGCCAGUGACGGAAAAGCUGCCAAGAUGCUAGAUGCACUACAGAGUGACCUCAAAGCUCUAUGUAUGGAAACCAAGAAGAGGUACCCACAUAUUAAAGAUUCAUGUGAAGAAGCAAUCAUCAAGGUCCGGGGAGCAUCCAUGAAUCCCCAGUCAUCUCUCUCCCAGAUCACCUCCCAAGUUCUCUAUCCUCUUGUACAGGCAGCAGAGACAAAGGACCCCAAGAUUGUUAAGUUGUCUCUGACCUUGAUGCAGCGACUGAUAGUGGCAGAUGUAGUAGAUGCCAACAGUGGAGAGCAUGUGGUGGAAACACUAUGGAUGCUAAUGGAAGCUGGGAUUGAGGAGCUGAAGGUUUUGCAGACUGUGACUCUACUUCUCACUACCAGUGCUGUCAUUCAAGGAGCAACUCUUGCCAAGGCUCUUGUUCUUUGCUUCCGUCUCCAUUUCACAAAAGAUGCAACAGUUGUUAAUACUGCAAGUGCAACUGUGCGCCAGCUUGUUAGUGUUGUGUUUGAGCGUGUUGUAGCUGAAGAUGCAAAGUACUACAAAGAAGAAAGUAGUGGUAUCAGCACCACUGAGGAGGAGGUUGAGGAACAUAUCAACCUGGAGGAACUGAAGGUGCUAAGUGCCAAUUCGCCCAAGACUCUACGUCCAGCUGCUGCUGAUGCAUAUCUCAUGUUCCAGGAUUUGGUGCAGUUAGUAAAUGCAGACCAGCCCCUGUGGCUCCUUGGUCUCACUGAGAUGACAAGAACUUUUGGUUUAGAACUUUUGGAAUCCGUCCUCACAACUUUCCCAACUGUGUUUUACAAUCAUACUGAAUUCAACUUCCUGUUGAAGGAUAGAGUAUGUGCUUUGGUGAUAAAGCUGUUCUCCCCCAACAUAAAGUAUCGCACAUCAGUGCCAGCCAGCAUGCAGCAAGCAACACCCCUUGACAAACCUUACUUCCCGAUAGCAAUGAGGCUUCUUCGGGUGGUGUCUGUAUUAAUUCAGAAAUAUUACCCUCUUCUGGUGACACAGUGUGAAAUAUUUUUAUCACUUAUGGUGAAGUUCCUUGAUGGUGAUAGACCAAUGUGGCAGCGGGGUCUGGCUCUGGAGGUCCUGCAUAGGCUGGCAACACAACCCAGCCUUUUACAGUCUUUUUGUACAAAUUAUGAUAUGAAGCCACAUGCCACCAAGAUUUUUCAGGACAUAGUGAACAGUUUAGGUGCAUUUGUACAGUCCCUCUUCAUAUCACCACAAUCAAGUGCUGCAUCCCAGUUGAGCAAUAACAGUCCAGGAGGGGGACAGGGACAAUCUCCUGCUCUCUUGGCUGGCAUGCCAGUGGGCCCUGGAGUGUCACCCCAGCCAGCCUUCUUUUACAGGGGUGUCUAUCUUCCUCUAUGCAUCAGUAUUCCUACUGGGCAGGCAAAGUCCUCAUACUUGGAGAUGUUAGAUAAACUUGAACCUCCCACAAUCCCUGAUGGGUAUGGAGUGAGUGUGGCUUACUACUGUCUCCUUGACAUCAUUCGUUCCAUCCAUCUGGUUAUGAUGGGCCCCAAUGCUCCAGCUGAGGGACACUCAGGUGUGAAUGAACAGUAUGACCCAAGUGAGGAAGAGCGGAGGAUUCAUGAGCAGCUAGUCAAUUCAGCAUGGUGUGGUCUGCUGGCUGCCUUGACCAUCCUUCUUGAGGCAUGCACAGAUGAGGCUGCCACAGAGAAUAUUCUCAAAGCUAUACAGACUUUUGCUAGUUUGGCUGGUAAGCUGGAGCUUACUACUCCUCGUGAUGCCUUCAUCACUGCUCUUUGUAAGUCAUGUCUCCCACCCCACUACACCCUGACGGUGCUCAACAAUGCCAGUGUUGCUGCUGCAGCUUCAUCGUCCUCAGUAUCUCGGGGCCAUCAGCGUUCCCCAAGUACUGAAUCACAACACCAGUAUUAUGACUCUGAGGUGCGUCAUCAAGUGGUGGCAGUGGGAACAGCCCUAGCCACGCCCUCACUUCCUGUGGGAGCACAACAAGGUCCAGUGAUGUUGACCAACAAGAAUCUCCAGUGUAUGAGAGCAACAUUGUCAAUGGCCCACUGCCAUGGAGGAGUCCUUGGGGCUGCAUGGCACCUCCUCCUCACAACCCUGCAGCACCUGGUGUGGAUCCUUGGUCUCAAGCCUUCUACUGGAGGAAGUUUAAAAGCUGGACGCAGCACUGCAGAGACAAAUGCGGUGAUCACAACAGCUGUCAUAGCUGAUCUGCCAGUUCUGUCAUCAAUGCUCAGUCGAUUAUUUGAGUCAUCUCAGCAUCUUAAUGAUGUGGCUCUUCACCAUCUCAUUGAUGCACUUUGCCAGCUGUCUAGAGAGUCCAUGGAACUUGCAUAUACCAAUAGGGAGCCCUCCCUCUUUGCUGUAGCAAAGCUUCUUGAGACUGGUGUGGUAAAUUUGGGUCGUGUGGAGGUUCUCUGGAGGCCUGUGACAAAUCAUCUACUAGAUGUGUGUCAACAUCCCCAUGUGCGGAUGAGAGAAUGGGGUGUGGAAGCAGUCACCUACCUGGUCAAGGCUGCUCUCACACACAAACACAACCCACCACUCAAAGACAAUCAGAAAUUGCAAACGCUGCUGCUGUCACCAUUGUCUGAGGUGUCACUGGUUGGCCAUCCUGAUGUACGCCAGAAGCAGCUUGAGUCCCUCCUCCACAUCCUCCAUUCCUGUGGGGAGCUGCUGCAUCAUGGGUGGCCUCUCAUUUUAAACAUAAUUGGGGCUAUUAAUGACAAUCACAGUGAACACCUUGUGCGAUUGGCUUUCCAGUGCCUGCAGCUGGUUGUGACAGACUUCCUGCCUCUCAUGCCUUGGAGCUGCUUGCCUCUUACUGUUGACACAGCAGCCAAAUUUGGCUCUCAGACUCAAGAACUAAAUAUAUCACUGACAGCUAUUGGUUUAAUGUGGAACAUCUCAGACUACUUUUACCAAAAUCAAGAAAAGUUACGAGUAUCCCUCACUUCAGACAACCAGGUGUUUCCAGACUUCCCAGGGGUGCCCAACAUGCCUCCAUUUGAUAAAUUGUGGAUGUGCCUCUAUGCCCGACUUGGUGAUUUAUGUGUUGAUUCUCGUCCAGCAGUUCGAAAGUCUGCAGGUCAAACUCUUUUUUCUACUAUUGCUGCUCAUGGGGCCUUGCUGCACAAUCAAACGUGGCAGGCUGUUCUCUGGCAGGUGCUGUUCCCCCUUUUGGACAAAGUUCGACAGCUGUCAGAUUCUGCUAGCACUGAUAAGGUGGACCAAGGUGGAAAUAUCCUGAUUCAUCACUCUCGAAAUACGCAACAGAAGCAGUGGGCAGAGACUCAGGUACUCACUUUAUCUGGAGUCGCUCGAGUAUUCAGCACUAAGCAAAAGAUUCUUCAGGGUUUGGGAGACUUCCCUCGAGCAUGGGCACUUCUGCUUGACUUCAUUCAUACUGCUGCUCUUUCUAAAAGCAAUGAGGUAUCUUUAGCUGCUCUUAAGUCCCUGCAAGAGAUGCUUCAGGCUGGCCGGUCAUCUGCUCCAUCCACCUCGGGUUUACCAGAAGACUCCACUUCACCUUCACACUUAAAUUUUUCAGUAGUACCAGAAGAUUCCAUUGCCAACUGGAACACUGCUUGGAAGGUUUGGCACACAAUAGGAAGUGAAGUGACCAAGCCACCCCCAGAUGAAGUGACACGAGGCUCAGAUGCUUACAUCCCUUCCCAGCCAUUCCUCACUGCUCUUGUUCACAUCUUCCCACACCUCUUCCUUCACAUUAAACAUCGCUUUGUUGUGAGUGACUUCACCAGGCUGGCCUCAGUUUUACUAGGAUGUGUAUCUGUGCCAGUACAUGGAGAUUCCUCACCAUUCAUCCUGCCAUCCUUCACAGAGGUGGUUGUUACACCACUCCAAGAAGGCAUACUUCAGGCUCUUGUAGGAGUGGAAAAGGAAAUAACUGAGGGCAGUGGAGCAUCUAGAGCCAUGGUACCACAGUUGUUCUCCCUUUUACUGCAGUUUUCAUCUUACAGCUGUCAGGCUCCAAGUUAUGGCAAUGUCCUCACCAGACCUCACACUUCAAAGGGAUCAACGGACUGGGUAACAAUGAAUUUUGUGCCAUUUGCUGAAAGAUCAAUGUCAUUGGUGGUGUCGUUGUACCAGAAGACUUCAAAUUGGCAAGAGGUUAUUGAAGCAAGUGUUCUGAAGAAUAUUAUUCAGGCCACAAUUACUCCUUUGCGGCUCAAAUACCAGUGUCCUGCUCAAACCACCUGGAAGCUGGUCAUCACCACACUGCUGACAGUGCUUCAGGAAGGUCUUCAGCUGGCACGCGAGCAUCCGACACACUUCAAAGAUAUGUGGCCUGUGUUAGGCACAGCCCUUGACAGUUUUCUCUUCUCAAACAGCCCCCCACCAGCUAACCAGAGUAGUGAAGAUGCUGAGAGAGAUGAAGGUAUAGACUGUCAAGUGGUUGAACUGAUAAGGGAAGAAAUUCUUCCAUAUGCUUCAUCCACACCCAGUGAUUUCAUAGUUUCAAUCAUGGUGCUUCUCAAUAAAGGCUCAAUUGAGUCUGCUUCUGGAGUAGAUUCUGCAGAUUGUGAGGGCUUCAAACUGAGGGAAGAAUUUGCAAAAACCUGUUUUGAGACACUUCUUCAGUUCUCCCUUCUCACUCCUUCAGACCUUGAUCCAGAGCUUGACAAUACAGAUAAAGGCUCAUCCAGGAAGUCUUUGGAAACGAGCAAUGGGUUCACGGCACAAGAUUCAACUAGUUCUUUAGCACAGUCAGACUCUACACAGGUCACCACUAAAUUGGCUGUCACUUCACUUCUCCACAGAUUCAGAGAAGUUCUGGUUAAGUAUGUGGAGGAUGAGAAGCUCAGUGGAAAAUGUCCAUUACCAAGGCAUCGUAUUGCUGAAAUAAGCUUUGUUCUGAAGGCUAUUGCUACUUUGUUGUCUUCACUGAAAAAGGCACCAAUAGAAAAAGUGGACAGCAUGACUUGGACACAACUGAUAGGACUAUACCCUCACUUGGUUGAAGUUGGAGGGGCCAGCAGCACUAGCUCUCCCCAGUUGUGGCGUUCCCUCAGAGAAGUACUCCUGCAAUAUGCUCAACUCCUGCAUCCUCCAUCCUCUCCAGCAGGCGAGGCCUGUGAUACCACUGACACUACACACCUGAGCCUUGUGAAUGGGACGUGAGAGAACCAGAAAUUAGUGGUGGUAUUGAAUUUCUUAUCUAGAACUUAUACAGAAAGAGUGAAAAAAGCAUAUAUUCAUAGGAAUUUUCUUUAUUAUUACUGUUUAAUUAGUGUCAGUCAUGUUGUCCAAUUUUUAAUUACAGCUGUAAAUUAGUAAUUGUAAAUGCAGUAAUGGUUUGUUGAUAAUUACACAUGACAUCAUUAAUGUCAUAAUGUAUCUUAUUGUUCUUAUACUAAGUGGAGAAGAGACCAGGAUUGAUGUUGCUUUGUAUUUUUAUCAUGAAUUAUUUUACUAAAUUUAUGCAUAUGCUUACAUUGUUCAAGUACCAGUAAUUUGUGCAAAUGUGUGUGUGUGUGUGUGUGUGUGUGUGUGUGUGUGUGUGUGUGUGUGUGUGUGUGUGUGUGUGUGUGUGCAUUUCUCAUCUUGAAGUGCAGACAGAGUCUGGUUUUGACUGGAGUACAAAUUAUAAUUGUUUAAAAUACUUGCAAAAGAUUUGUUUUGACUGUUUUGUUGACUGUUUUGUUGAAGUAUAGCAAUAUUUUUUUCAGUUAGUAUUAUUUGUUUUGACAUCAUAUAUUUGUACUAUAUAUUAAUUAUUUGUUUUGUAAGAACUCCAUAUAUUAACCCUGAAUGAUAUAGAAAAUGUCUUGCUUAAAGUUCUAUUUACAGUAUUUUAUAAAUUUUAUAUAUAUAUAUAUAUAUAUAUAUAUAUAUAUAUAUAUAUAUAUAUAUAUAUAUAUAUAUAUAUAUAUAUAUAUAUAUAUAUAUAUAUAUAUAUAUAUAUAUAUAUAUAUAUAUAUAUAUAUAUACACACACACACACACACACACACACACACACACAAGGUCUAUUCAAAAGUAUCUGACCAUAGUCCAAAGCAGAAAAAGAGGAAUUUUUCUUUGUUCUAACUCAAUGUCCUUCAAUGUGUGCCUUUUGGUACUCCACACACUUGGUUUGUAGGCCCUUUUAUUACUUGUAGCAUUUCUGGAAGUUCUCUUCUAAGUGCACUCUCAUCUUCAGCAUUGUCUUUACAUAUGCAUCUCAAGGUUAGGAAACUGCCAGAAAUACAAGGAGCCAUGUCAGGAGUGUAAGCAACUUAGCAAACCUGAGAAAUUUGCCAUUUGGCAAAGAAAUCCUGGGUUAGGUGCAGAGAAUGGGCUAGGAUAGUGUUGUGAGACAGCUCUGAAUAACACAGCUUGAGGUUCUUGUGCUGAGUUGCAUUGUUUGCACCUGAUAUAGAAUUUCUUGGCCAAACACUGAAUUCUUCAGAUUCACCAGGCUGCUUAUCUUCCAGGCUUCCAUCGUAAGAUAUCUCCUUGUGAUACCUUAAGAUGUUCUGAUAGGAUCCUGAUUUUUGAGUUAGGAAGACAUCAUGCAGAAAUGUGAUGGCACACUUUGGCAGCCAUUCCAAAGCAUGACCUUCACAAAGGUUUCCAACAAUGGAGGGACCAAUAGGCUAAGUGUGUGGAGUCAAAGAAUAAACUUUGAAGUACAUUAGGAUUAGACCCAGUAAGUGAGCCACUUUUUGUGCCUUCUAUCUGAAGUUGAGUACGUUUUGAGCUGACCUCAUGUAUGUACAUAUGAUUUUAUAAAAACAAAUUAUGUAUUAACUCUGUUCUGGCAAACUAUGGCUGUGGUUUGGAGUAGUGAGUAAUUUUUAGUGAUUAUUGAUAUGGGUGUAAAUAUGCAAUUACCUUACACUUCACACCUGUCUGUUAUUUAUUAUAAAUAUUACCUGUUUUCACAGAAGGUGUACAGUAAAUUUCUUUAAUUCUUUAUGUAAAAACAAAACCAAAAUUAAAAAAAACUAAAAAUGUAAAAAAUAAUUGUUAAUUUGAAUUUUGUUCCUGUGGCAUCAUAUUUGAAUUUUUUUUUUAAAAAGGAAAGGAAAAUUAAUCCAGGAUAUAAAGAUGAGUGUUAUGUGACCUUCCUAUGCAUUGUGUAGAUGUUAAUGCACAAUCUGGGACCAAGUGAUAACCCACUCUUAUAAUACGAGUGAAUGUUCUGUUCCCACUGAAAGGUGUUUUGAAAGUGACAGUUUACAAGCAAUAGAUAAAUGUUACAUCAUC